AUGGCCAAGAUGGCGGCCUCCAUGGUGGAGGGUGGUGAAGAUGCAUUUCGAAAAAUAUUCAAGUUUUACAAGAGAAGAAACCCUCCGCCAGAUUUCAGCGAUGUCAUCGACUUCUCCAAAAGAGCACCGAGUGACCAGGUAGUCCCUGCUGCACUGGGCCCCGGUGGAGUGAGUGAUGUGGAGGCUGCCAGGGUUGGAUUACAGCCCGUCAGAGACUGGAGAGCUUUCGGCCUGCAGGGCUACCCAGGGUUCAUGUUCAUCUCCAACCCGUUCCUGCCGGGCUCCCAACCCUCCUGGGUCAGACAGUGUCUGAAGAUCUACCCUCGGAAGCCCAACGUCUGCAACCUGGACAUGCACAUGUCUCCCUCUGACACCCAGGACAUCUGGGACAAGAGCGUUCAUGGCCUCAGCUGUCCUCCCUCUGGAAAGACUCAACCGAAGACUCUACUUGACAGGCUGCGCUGGGUCACUCUGGGAUACCAUUACAACUGGGAUACCAAGACUUACUCCGCCAACCACCACACUCCUUUCCCAGCCGACCUCCACUCGCUGUCCUCUCAGAUAGCGUCGGCCUGUGGGUUCCCGGGCUUCAACGCAGAGGCGGGAAUCCUCAACUACUACCGAUCCGACUCGUCUCUGGGAAUCCACGUGGACGAAUCGGAGCUAGAUCACAGCCGACCGCUGCUGUCCUUCAGUUUCGGGACGUCGGCUAUCUUCCUUUUGGGAGGCACCCGCAGACAGGACCCCCCCACCGCUAUGUACAUGCACAGCGGGGACGUGAUGGUGAUGUCGGGACAGAGCCGCCUCCUCUACCACGCUGUCCCACGCAUCGUAGCGGCACCCCAAGGCGGUCCGGUGUCGGCGUCGGAGACGGACGGCUGCGGCCCGCUCUCACAGGAGGACGGCUCUGUGGUGGAGCCGCUGUCGGAGCAGGACCGGGCCGCGUGCUCCAGGUACACCCACAGCUCCAGGGUGAACGUGACCGUCAGACAGGUGCUGGGGCCCGGACAGAGCUUCCCAGAAACACCCUCUUCUCACCAAAGGACCGACGCAGAGCAGACAGAGGGGCGCCACGGCCGACCGGCAGACGGAGAGAGAGGGAAGAGGAGGAGGAGGAGCAGUAGCUGUGACUCUGUUGAUACUGCAGAGACAUGACACAGACCACCUGCUGAGGACCAGACUAAAGAAAUGAAGACGGCUGCGUUCCAGCCCCGUCAGUCAGAGCACCACAUGCAUGGAUCGACACGCUGUUGGGACUGUUUGAUGGUCUGAAUCCAGAGUUCUGUGAAAUGUACAAACAAUUCACAAGUGAAACAGAAAAGCAUUGCUUUCUGUAGCGGAAUGUCUAAAGUCAUGCAUUAUCAGUUUGAUAUAUUUCGGGCUGCUGAAAUAAGUUAAAGAUAUAUAAAGAUGGGAGGAAGUAAAACUUUAUUUAUAUCGCUCUUUUUACAGCACACAGUUACCAGGUGCUACACACACACACACACACACACACACACACACACACACACAGAAAAUAUAAAUGAAUGAAGUAAAAAUAGAUUACAAUAUAAAACAAAGGACAUUAAGAGCGGCUGAUUAUGCGGUUCCAAUUAAUAAAACUGGCAGCUGCAUCUUGAACCAGCUGAUUCAGAGCAGCUUGACUAAGGCCCGUUUACACCUGUUAUCAAUCUAUAGGUAUCAUACCCAGAUAGCAAUCUUUAUCUUUGAUGUUCCCUGAAUCAAUAAGCAAAGUAUGAUACCAUAUUUGGAGUUUUUUUGUGAAUGCAAUCCAUACAGCGUGAGCACAUUCUUCUAAAGACUCCAGCCAGUUGAAAGGUACCUAACCGCCUCUUCCUGCUAACUCGAGCAAGUCUGACAGAACAAACCAAUGGACAGCGUUACAUCCCAAAUACACAUUUAGGUGUUUAUACUUUGUCCAUUGGUGUCUGUGUGAUUUCUACAGAAUGAAGUUGACCUCAUUUGCAUAUUUAAACAAAACACAUUGAACUUGUUUCAUGAUAUGCAUGAUAAGACAUAUCCUAAACCUUUGACUUUAAUGUAUCAACAAGAUGAGACGAGGAUUUUGAACCUGGCUUCAUCCAAUGUUCUGACUUCUGUUCUGGAAAUGUAUGCAAAUUCAUGAAAUGAUGAAUUAAUUAAAUGAAUCACUAUCCAGUGUCAGCAUUGAAUCCAAGUAGCUCUCCCUUCAGUAAAGCCCUGUGUAUUGUAGAACAGUGUGCAGCCUGCUCUGUUGGCUCUCUGUGUCGGAGGGGGCGGACCGGUUCAAAGGUGAGCUUCAUGUUAAGUUAUAUUAUUAUGAAUUGAAUAUGAAUAUCCCUGGGAUUUUUGACUCUUUGUGGUUUGAUUGACAUUGUUUUCAUGCAAAAAAAUAGGCAGCCUAACAAAAAGGCAUUAUUAUUAUACAAAACUAUAAAAUAAAACAGUGGUUUCCAUUGUGAGUAUCUGGACUUGGCAAAGCGUUCACAUUUAGCUUUCAUUACAUGCUUUCCAUGAAAAGAAAAGUCACAAAGACUUAUAAUUUUGGGAGAUAAAACUUACAGAAAAUGCCGGUCCCCUCCGAGUUCAGUCCCAUCGGCAUUCUGUGCAUGACGUGGUCUAUAAGCAGCACCAAUACAUAGUGGUGCAGAGAUGUGGGUGUCGCUAGCGCAAAGAACACUGAACAGCCUGUAAAGAGCACAGAUUCCAUCUCUAUCAUUAGAAGCACACAUGCCACACUCAAGCCUGUGGAGGGAAAUCAAGUUGGCCACACGUGUGUAUUACACCAUGUAAUCAUCAGAUUGUGAUGUUUGCAUUUGCAAAACUGUUACGUGUUUAUUGCUUGGUAUUUGUGUGUAGAUUAGCAGUUAUGAGUAUCAAAAAGUAUGCAUUAUUCAUUGUACGCAUUUGUAAAUCGUAUUUUUAUUUGAGACAAAAGUCACUCCAUACACGUGUGUCACGUUUUACACCGUAAUGAAGCUCUGUGGUCAACAAGCAUGUUUUAAAUUAUUUAUCAUUGAAGAUAUUUUGUAAAUCUUAAGUUAAAUAUUCAACAUAUACUGACAGCAUUGUAAGUUUGUAUAUCUUUUGUAUGAGUUGACACUUGCUUUAGUAACUUAAUGUGUCAUUUGAAGUUAAUCUUGAAACAAAAGUUCUAUUUAAAAAUCCGGUUAACCUGACCACCAGAUGGUUUGUUCCAAUGGACCACCAGAUGGUUUGUUCCACUGGACCACCAGAUGGCUUGUUCCAGCAGACCACCAGAUGGUUUGUUCCAGCAGACCACCAGAUGGUUUGUUCCACUGGACCACCAACUGGUUUGUUCCACUGGACCACCAGAUGGUUUGUUCCAGCGGACCAUCAGAUGGUUUGUUCCACUGGACCACCAAAUGGUUUGUUCCACUGGACCACCAAAUGGUUUGUUCCAGUGUACUAGUACUUAGCAGGUGAUUGACACACAAAAACAUACACACAAUAUCUCACAUCUCUUGUAAUAGCCAACAAUUCAUGAUUCAAAACUAUAUAAACUCUUCUAAAGUAGUAUUUUUUGCAUCACAACUUUACACACAAACACCAAAUAAAUAGUUAUUUUCACUUGCCAACUGCACACUGAUGUGAUAAACACUAUCGAGAGUCUUUGGCAGUUUCAUUAGUGGCACGCUGUAAAUAUAAUAUCUAGUUUAUUCUUAAUGCACCGAUACCAAUGUCAGGCCGAUACCAUGUUUCAGUGACAGCAGGGGGA